CGAAAUAAAGGCCGCGCUACGCAUGCGCGCCCCUCUCGCCGGCCACUCUCCCCGCGCUGGACUGGCUCCCGCGGUUCCCUGGGCCGUUCUCUGCGCGUGGGUGGGGGAGGUCUGAGUGGCCUCGGGGACUGCCCCUCGGUGCUGGGUGUCGGCGGGUGACGCAAGCCUAAGCUGCCUAUUUUGGGAGGGUGCGAUGGGGCUGUGGAGGAGGGUCUGCGCGUGGCUCUCCGGGAGUGCGGAGUGGAAGCAAGUCUUGCCGCCGACAUAACCCCAGCUAGGGCGGAGUGGCGAGUAAUGGCCUUGCAGGCCAUCCAGGUAAUGGAGGGCGAAGUCCCGGAGACGGAGGAACCGCGGUGCUCGGGGAAUGAAGGCUGCGGUGCGGGGCGAGCCGAGGACGGUGUGCGGGGUCGGGGACUUUGCACUUAUUCCGUCCUCAGGGCCUCUAGGCUCAGGAGGUCUAGGAACUAGGAGACCCAGGGAUCAAGCUGAAGUGGGGGAAUGGCUCAGGAUCGGAAAUAAAUAUAUCACCUGGAAAGAUUGCAGAAGUCUCUUGAAAGAAUUGGAGAACCUUGAGUUCUACACUUUCCUGUCGAAAAAGUGCCUGAGGAAGCUCCUUGUUGAGGGCAGCUCCCAUCACCUUCCACGCCAAGCCCGCUCGGGGUCAGUGUACAAACGAACGUCUGUGAGGAACCACUGGCCACGUGGGGGACGUGGGAAAGCUUCUCCCACCAGAUUCCAUGUGUCCCCGCGGGCUCCCCCGGCUCCUCUGGCCUCCGCGCUGUCAUCAGUCCCGAAGACCUCUGUAGGGUCCUUUGAGUCUCUGUCAUCCCUGAGCUCCUCCAAGCCACCAGAGCCUUUGCGUCCCCUGAAGCAGCCUUCACACCAGCCACCUGCGAGCACCCUAUCACCAAACACGACCACCUCCACAGAAUCCUUGGGGUAUCUGUCAUCCCUCAGCUCCUCCCAGCAACCAGAGCCUUUGCAUCCCCUGGAGUGUCCUUCAUCCAAGCCACGUGGGCGUUCAUUUCCCCGACGACGGAAUCCUGGCUGGGUGUCCUGGACCAACUCCACGCAGGCUGAUUCCGAAACUGACGCCACAAUAUGCCCAAUGUGCAAGGCCCCUGCACACUCCUGUCGACAUAGCUGGUGGGUGCCUUCUAGUCCUCGAGUGAUCCGAGGCAUUGGUCGCCGCAGUGAUCUCGACCUGGGCCUCUCCUGGAGGCAGGAGGCUGCUAGAGCCUGGUGCCUCUGCACCUCCUCACAGUACCCAUUCAAGCACCUUAAUCUUCCCACCCACCUACCAAAGGCUUCCUUCUAGGGAGACCCCACAUGCGGGCAGGUGGAGGCAGGGACCCCUCUUCCCUCAGCUUGGAUGUGCCAACACUGCUGGACGCACAAGACACCAAAAUCCCAGACACUCCCAUGGACACCGCACAUCGACAUCCAGGAACAAUUGGGAAUCUCCUGAGGACAACUUGGAGGCAUGUCCCCUCAUUCAGGCACUCCACAGAUGCUAGAAACACGUGUUGUAAUGGAUUGGGAGAGGCGGAGACAGGGUCUAAACCUCCAGUCCCUGGAGCCCAUAAAUCUGCUUGGGAGGCUUGGCCCACACAGAGACCUGCCACUGCAAAGCAAAGACCUCCCGCAGAGAUCUCCGAGUGUCCGUUCUUCCUUCCUAGAGGAUCUGAACUCACUUAGAAAACUGCCAGCACAGGAGGGAUGACAUCAGCUGUGCCCCCACCGGAGAACCCAGAGACUUUGGGUCAUUGUCAACAUUGUCGCUAGAAUGGACUCUGCUAGGGAAGAGGCUCAGGAAUUGUUGGUCUUUUCAAUGCCAUUCUUUCCUAACAGCGCUGCAGAUUCCAUGUGUAACCUGCAAACUUCUGUUCUCUGCAGUUCCCUGACCCACAGUUUAGAGAAUCACAAUUUUAUUUUCUUUUUUCUUUAGAUGGGAUCUCACUCUCUUGCUCAGGCUGGGAAGCGGUGGCACCAUCUUGGCUCAUCACAAUCUCCGCCUCCCAGAUUCAAGCCAUUCUCCUGCCUCAGCCUCCUGAGUAGUUGGGAUUACAGGCGCGUGUCAAUGCACCCAGCUAAUGUUUGUAAUUUUAGCCUAGAGAGGGUGUCACCACGUUGGCCAGGCUGGUCUUGAACUCCUGACCUUGAGAUAUCUGCCCACCUCGGCCUCUCAAAGUGCUGGGAUCAUAGGCUUGAGCCACCACACCUGGAUGAAUCACAAAUUUUAAACCUGAAUAAAAUGCUGCAUCUUCCAAUAAGAGUAAAA